CAGUAAUAGCGUCGAUUUCACAGCGUUUGGGUGUGUUUUAAACAUUGCGGUUCGUGCAAAAAUUUCUCUAUGUGGGCUCAGAGUUUAAUUACAAACAAGUGGUAAAAAGGGCAACACUGCACAGACGAUAAUAAUCAAAUCGAUAAAUUUAAAAAUAAAAACGAACACCACAGCUAAAAAUUAACAACUGCAAACAUUGCAUAUUAAAGUGGUCAAGUGUGUGUGAAAAAAAAACUGAACUGAGUUGUAUAAUCGCCAAAAACUUGUUGAACUCGCUGCCUCCCUCACACUUGUUCAACUACUACCACAGCAACUGCUGCUUGCUGCUGUGUGAGUGUAAAUUAAUAAACUACCUAUAAAAGAUACACAAAGAAACUAAAGCAACAACGGAGACGGAGACGAAUACGACGACGUCAUGCAAGCAAUCAAAUGUGUUGUUGUUGGCGACGGCGCCGUGGGCAAGACUUGCCUGCUGAUCAGCUAUACAACGAACGCCUUCCCGGGGGAAUAUAUUCCCACCGUCUUCGACAACUACUCGGCCAAUGUGAUGGUCGAUGCCAAGCCCAUCAAUCUGGGACUAUGGGAUACAGCCGGACAGGAGGAUUACGAUCGCUUGCGUCCGCUAUCGUAUCCACAGACUGACGUCUUCCUCAUCUGCUUCUCGCUGGUGAAUCCCGCUUCGUUUGAAAACGUGCGCGCCAAAUGGUUUCCCGAGGUUCGUCAUCAUUGCAACAAUGUGCCCAUUAUUCUGGUGGGUACAAAGCUCGAUUUGCGCGACGACAAGCAGACGAUUGAAAAGCUCAAGGAUAAAAAGCUCACACCCAUCACUUAUCCCCAGGGCUUGGCCAUGGCCAAGGAAAUUGCAGCUGUAAAGUAUCUGGAAUGUUCAGCUCUGACCCAAAAGGGUCUCAAGACGGUCUUUGAUGAGGCCAUAAGAUCGGUGCUUUGUCCCCCAAUACGUCACUCACGCAAGCGCAAGUGUGUUCUGCUCUAGGGUGGAAAAGCUUGCUAAAAAAUAUUCAAUGUUUUCAAAGAGAGCGAGAGAAAGAGAGAGAGGCGGAAGGAAGACAGAGAACAAAGCGCUGAAAGUUUGCAAAAAUGAAUUCGCUUUAGUUACAGUUACAGCUUAAGCUCUGUGUUGAUGAUGUAGUUUCAGUGUGUGCAAGAGAGAGAGAGGGAGACAGACAGAGUCAGAGUCACAGCAUUACGCACAAGAGCAAAGUAUUCUUGUUUGUUGUUGUUCUUGUUAUACAUAUGUGUGUGCGUGAGUGUGUGGGGGGCAACGCAUUAAAUUUGUAAGCGCAGCGCGCGUUAUUAGAGGGGGGCCACCAGUCUACGACGAGUUGAUAUGAAUACAAAAAAAAAAAAUAUAUA